CGGCUGGAGGCACGCGCUGGGCUUUGGAGCUGAUCCAGCAGCAGUUGGUUUACAGUUUGCAACUGGCGCCGAAAUUCAAAAAACGCACUGUACUUCAAAUCCAGAGCGGGGAUGGAAACAAUGAGGAAGGAGGUGGCUCUGCAGGCUCCUGGGCUGUCCUUGGUGUGGCUCCCAGCCUGAGCGUGGGGUCAGACCUCCCUGCUGAGAAAUGAGGCACAGCGCUAUGGGAUUUGUAGUCUGUCCUUCCUGCUUCCUCCUGCAGAUGCAUUUUAAGGCAAAGACGACUGCUUUCAGAGAGCGGUUUCACGCUGAGUUUACAUCAGAUCUCACUAAGAUCUGACAGCAGUGCUCUUUACUUACUGACGUGCCUACGCACCUAUAGAAAUGAUACAUGUGGCGAUCAGCAUGAUUUUCAUCCCUCUGAGUAACCCACUGACACCCACAGCUUUGCAGGCUCAGUGUGGAAGGAAACCCCUGCCCUCAGCUCUCUGCAGGAGGAGCAAAACUUACCUGAAAACCUGCUGCUUACACAGGCAGCUGCUACAGAUACACAGCAAUUGCAAGAGGGACUCAGAACUGCUCACCCACAGCAGAGCGGUGAUGUACUGAGGUUUUCCAGUUUGACAAGUACAUGAUCUUAGCUUCCCAGAUCCUCUAACAUGAGAAUCAGCUCGCUUCUGUUUUGAUCAUAAACACCUAUUUGUUCAGCCUGGCUCCCUGAGUUUCUUUCCAUCUAUUGCAUGGAGUAUUUUCUUAUUUGUUUUUCAAUUUAGUUGUCUUCUAUUGCUGGCUUGCAUUACACUCACACUCCUUUUUCCUUUGCUGUUGUACCAACUUCAAACUCGUUUUUCCCAGAAAAUCUUCCUUUUCUCAGCCUUCCCUGUCAGUCACAAUGCAAAACCACACUGAGUGCUUUUCAGUCUCAACGCUGGGGACAUAAGGAAUUCACCGCUCACGCAUUUUAUACUGGUUAAAUGUAUAAGAACUUACAGAAGUCGGAGUAUAAUCAGUAAAAACAUGCUUUGAGGAAGGUAAUACUCCAAGAAUUUAGGAAAUGAAAAAUUCCCAACAGCUUCAUUGUGAACUGGCAGCAUGCCCUGGGAUAGCAAAAGCACUUUCUUCGUGAUCAGCCUGACCCAGGAGCAUCGCACCUUCUCAGCAUCACCAUGGAUGUUUUUAAUGCCUGCAAAACAGCCCUCCUAAAAAUCCCCGCUAGGAAGCAGUUGAUUGAAACCCCAAGAAGCAAACUACAGUUCUCAGCCUACAGAUGCUGACAGGGAAGCACAGCAAAUUCCUCAGCAAGCCUCGCUGCUAACCCGUGCCCCCUUCCGUGGCAGGGAAGGCAGUUCGUUCGUAGGAGGCCGUUUCUGAGGAGCACAGGGGGCUGCACUGCUGUGACACGGGCUGACGAGAAGGAACCCUGAUCCCACAGCUCCGCUCCCUCACGCUUGGAGGGGAAAAACAAACCGAACCCAACGAGCGGUCUCUCCUUUCCGAACCGCCUUUAUUCACAGUCAAGGUUAUUACGUACAAGGUUAUCAAAUAACCUUUCUCCCCGUGCUUUAUUCCCAGUCUCAACGGCUUAACUAUAUUCAAAACCCGCGGAGCGGCGGCGGGCAGCCCACAAAAUGGCGGCGGCGCGGACUCCUCCUCCCGGCGCGCCCCGCGCGGCCAUCUUGGCGCCCAGACUUCAUUUCCCAUGCGGCGCGGCGGCGGGGCAGGCGAUGUCCGCCAUCUUACCGCUCCCUCCUCCCCCGGUGCGGCCGGAUUGAAUGAGCCUGCUGCCCGCGAGCUGAGCGCCAUGUCAGGUACCCCGAUCCGCGGCACCCCCGGCGGGACUCCGCUAUCGCCGACCCGCAUCUCCCGCCUGCAGGAGAAGGAGGAGCUGCGGCAGCUCAAUGACCGCCUGGCCGUCUACAUCGACCGCGUACGGGCGCUGGAGCUGGAGAACGACCGGCUGCUGGUGAAGAUCUCCGAGAAAGAGGAGGUCACUACCCGCGAGGUCAGUGGCAUCAAGAACCUCUAUGAGUCUGAACUGGCUGAUGCGCGAAGAGUUCUGGAUGAAACAGCCAAAGAGAGGGCGAGGUUACAGAUUGAAAUAGGAAAACUGAGGGCUGAACUUGAGGAGUUCAAUAAAAGCUACAAAAAGAAAGAUGCAGAUUUGUCUGUUGCUCAAGGUCGCAUUAAGGAUCUUGAAGUACUCUUCCAUAGAAGCGAAGCAGAGCUCAAUACUGUCCUGAAUGAGAAACGCAGCCUGGAGGCAGAAGUGGCUGAUCUGCGUGCCCAACUUGCAAAGGCUGAAGAUGGUCAUGCUGUGGCUAAGAAGCAGUUGGAGAAGGAGACACUUAUGCGUGUGGACCUGGAGAAUCGGUGCCAGAGCUUGCAGGAGGAUCUGGAUUUCAGGAAGAAUGUGUUUGAGGAGGAGAUAAGAGAGACAAGAAAACGGCAUGAGCAUCGUUUGGUUGAAGUGGACACCAGUCGCCAGCAGGAAUAUGAGCACAAAAUGGCUCAGGCCCUGGAGGAUCUGCGAAAUCAGCAUGAUGAGCAAGUCAAGCUGUACAAAGUGGAGCUAGAGCAGACCUAUCAGGCUAAGUUGGAGAAUGCCAUCCUGGCCUCUGACCAAAAUGACAAAGCUGCUGGUGCAGCUCGGGAGGAGUUGAAGGAGGCUCGCAUGAGAAUAGAAUCUCUCAGCUACCAACUUUCUGGCCUUCAGAAACAGGCUAGUGCAGCAGAAGAUCGCAUUCGUGAGUUGGAGGAAACGAUGGCUGGUGAACGGGAUAAAUUUAGGAAGAUGCUUGAUGCCAAGGAGAGGGAGAUGACAGAAAUGAGGGACCAAAUGCAGCUGCAGCUUACAGAAUACCAAGAGCUGCUUGAUGUGAAAUUAGCACUUGACAUGGAAAUCAGUGCUUAUCGAAAGCUCCUGGAAGGAGAAGAGGAAAGGCUGAAGCUCUCUCCCAGCCCCUCGUCCCGUGUUACUGUCUCUCGAGCUACCUCCAGCAGCAGCAGUAGCAGCACUUCACUUGUCCGCUCUUCCCGAGGCAAGAGACGACGGAUUGAAGCAGAGGAGCUCUCAGGCAGUGGAACGAGUGGAAUUGGCACUGGAAGUAUCAGUGGUAGCAGUAGCAGCAGUAGCUUUCAAAUGUCCCAGCAAGCUUCAGCUACGGGAAGUAUCAGCAUUGAAGAGAUAGACCUGGAGGGCAAAUAUGUUCAACUGAAGAACAACUCAGAGAAGGAUCAGUCUUUGGGUAACUGGAGACUGAAAAGACAGAUUGGAGAUGGAGAAGAAAUUGCUUACAAAUUUACUCCGAAGUAUGUCCUCAGGGCUGGGCAAACUGUAACAAUCUGGGGUGCAGAUGCAGGUGUAUCUCACAGCCCCCCUUCUGUUCUCGUGUGGAAGAAUCAAGGCAGCUGGGGCACUGGAGGAAAUAUCCGCACAUACCUCGUGAACUCUGAUGGAGAGGAAGUUGCAGUGAGAACUGUUACUAAAUCGGUCAUUGUGCGGGAGAAUGAAGAGGAAGAGGAUGAAGCAGACUUUGGAGAGGAGGACCUUUUCAACCAACAGGGGGAUCCCAGAACAACUUCUCGAGGAUGCUCAGUGAUGUGAAGAAAGAAAG